AUGAAGAGACCACACAGCAGCUUGAACGGCGGCAAGAUGCAUCUACGUAACGGCGAGCAUGCAUCGCACUUUAGCGGCGCUCCAGACGAGCAUAUCGCGAAGAAAGUGCAAAGCAAUGGCGCAUCAACCAAGAAUGGCAAUCAUGAAGCCUUAAAUACGAACGGCCACAGCUCCAAGACGAACGAGGCUCGAGCAAAGAUCCCGAAUAACCUAACCCCAGAUGCUCUGCUGGACACCGUUCUUGCUGCUUGGGCGGCACUCAUGCACAGAUACCAAAGAGAUGUCUUCCAUCAAUUCUCUUGGGGCGUGGUCAGUGCCAAUGGUCGAGCGACACAAACCAUCAACACAACUGACCUCAACUUGACAAGCCACAAGACGGCCGCGAGUUUGAGGUCACAGAUCAGCAAUGUGCGAUCGAAGGAGUACGAUGCACAUAACGCCACUCUCUUUCUUAACGAUGGUUCGACACACGAGUGGACUUUCGAGGUAUCUCUUGACAGGGAAGGAGACUCUCUCCAUGCCACCUCAAGAUGGCAGACGAAUACCAUGUCUCGUCAUCAAGCCGUCUCUGAACUUCAUUUCUUUGUUUCAAUUCUUGAUACCCUAUUUAGCGACCCUGAUUGCCUGCUGUCCGCAUUCGACAAUGUUUCAGAAGAAGAGCUUGAUGAGUUGUGGAGCUGGAAUAGUCCUCUACAGCCAGAGUUGAGAUUCUGCAUGCAUGAGAAGGUCUCCGAGCAAGCUGCGCUACAUCCGGAAAAGAUCGCCAUAGAUGCAUGGGACGGCACUUUGACAUAUCGUCAAGUAGAAGACUACUCUACCGAUCUGGCUCAAACUCUACGACUACUGGACGAUUCGCCGAACCAAAUCAUUCCGGUGCUUUUCGAGAAAUCGCGAUGGACUUCAGUGGCGGUGCUCGCAGUUAUGAAGGCCGGAGCAUGCUUCGCACUCCUUGAUCCAGCACAACCCGAAGGCCGACUACGAGCAGUAGUACAGCAAGUCAGCGCUAAGCUCUUUGUUUCGUCCAAAGCUCAAGCUACGCUAGCUGCACGUGUCGCUCCCGCGGCAACAAUCAUCCCAAUCUCAGCAUCCAAGUUCGACAAGGUGUACUCUCCAUGCGCCGCGCAGCAACCAAAGACAACUCUCCCGCCAGUAUCACCAGAUCAGCCCUUGUACAUCCAGUUUACUAGUGGCAGUACCGGUCUUCCAAAAGGAUGCAUUCUUACGCACAGUCAGUAUACGUCUGGUGCGAUACCACGAGCUGAUGCUGUGGGCUAUCGAUUGCAUUCUCGCGUGCUGGACUUUGCGAGUUAUGCCUUUGACGUAUGCAUUGACUCUAUGUUGUGUACACUCGCUCACGGCGCGACGCUCUGUACACCUUCCGAUGAGCGCCGUAUGAACGACAUGAGUGGCGCGAUGCGCGAUAUGCGCGUGACCUUCGCUGGCAUGACCCCUUCUGUGGCUCGGACGCUCGAUGUAGAUAUCCUAGAUCAUCUAGAGUCUAUCGCUCUAGGUGGUGAAGGGGUGUCAACUAGCGAUGCCAUGUCGUGGGGUCAAAGGACAAGGGUUGUUAACGCCUAUGGACCAUCUGAAGCUACAGUUGGCGCGACCAUCAAUGACAACGUGGCUGCCAAACCAUACAUUACCAUGGGCAAGCGCAAGGGUUGUGCGAUCUGGCUUACUGAGCCUGAAGACCACAACAAGCUUGUACCUCCUGGUGCAGUUGGCGAACUGCUCAUUGAGGGCCCUAUAGUUGGUAACGGUUAUCUCAACAACCCGGCGAAGACCAAGGAAGUUUUCAUUGAAGAUCCUGAAUUCUUGAUUAAAGGAAGUAAGAGCUAUCCAGGUCGACAUGGGCGCAUCUACAAGACUGGUGAUCUAGUACGUUUUGAUCCCGACGGCAACGGCGAGCCCAUCUUUGUCGGACGGCAGGACCAGCAAGUCAAGCUCCGCGGCCAACGUAUUGAGCUGGCCGAAAUCGAGUUCAACAUGCAGAAGCAUCUUCCUGCAGAUACCCAGCUCGCUGUUGAAGUCAUCAAGCCCAGCGGAGGUGGUGAGCAGACGCUAGUUGCUUUCCUUGUGGAACAGAAAAAGAACGGCAUGCGACAUUUGGAUGGAAACGUCUUCGGCAGCUUCACCACCAAGUUCCAAGCAGCUCUCAAAGCUAUGACUAAACAGCUCGCUAUUGACCUUCCUGGAUACAUGGUACCGAGCGCUUACAUCCCGCUUUGGAAGAUGCCGCUACUUGUUUCUUGCAAGACCGACAGAAAGCGUCUCCGCGAAAUCGGCACUUCAGUCACACGCCAGGAUCUCAGACGCUUCAACUCGGUCAUCUCGGAGAAGAAGGAGCCUACGACUGAGAUGGAGCUCAAGUUGCGAUCACUUUGGGGGAAGCUGCUUGGUGGUGAGGAAGACUUCAGCGCCAAUGACAACUUCUUUAGCAUGGGUGGAGAUUCACUAAGGGCUAUGAGGCUGGUAGCUGCGGCGAGAGAGGCUGGACUCAUAUUGAACGUCCCGGAUAUCAUGCUGAAUCCAACACUGUCUGCCAUGGCUGCCAAGGCGAAGCCUUUGUCGGAGGAAGCAUCGAACGAUGUACCACCUUUCUCUAUGGUCGGCAAAGAUUGGGAUGAACAGUCAGCCAAGACCGAGACUGCCAGGCUCUGUGGUGUUGAUGAUGACGACGUUGAGGACGUGUAUCCUUGCACACCGCUUCAAGAAGGACUCAUGGCUCUCUCAGCCAAGUUUCAGGAUGCUUAUGUCGCUCAGCGAAUCGCAACAUUACCGUCGGCGACCGCUCAGCGUCUGAAGGAAGCCUUUGAUACCGCCGUAGAAGGAUCGCCAAUCCUACGUACCCGAAUCGUCAACGUUUCUGGUCGGGGCUUGUUCCAGGUCGUCCUCAGAAAUGGUCAGCUGCUGCGCGAGCAUGGCUCUGACCCCGCAGAAUAUCUUCGACGUGACCGCGAAGAAGCCAUGGAUCUGGGAACCGCUCUGUUCCGCUAUGGCUUGGUCCAAGAAGCUGGCAGCGACAAGACUCACUUUGUCAUCACGAUGCACCAUGCUGUUUACGACGGCUGGUCAAUGCCUCUGGUCUUUGAUCGCAUUAACCGUGCUUUUAACGGUCUGCAGACUGAAAGGUCUGUAUCUUUCAAGCACUUUAUCAAGCACCUCACUAGCCUGGAUCCAGCGGAGGCUCAAGAUUAUUGGAAAGAGCGGUUGAACGGUGUCAGCCCGCAUCAGUUCCCUCCUCUGCCGCAGAAGGGGUACAUCACUCAAGCCGAUUCGUUGCUAGAGCACUACGUUACCGUCCCAACAACGGCACACAACAAACUUACUCUCGCGACUAUCAUCCGUGGAGCCUGGGCGCUGGUAUCGUCAUUGUAUAUGGGCCAUCCAGAUGUCGUCUUCGGUGAGACACUUACAGGUCGCUCCGCACCUGUGAACGGAAUUGAGGAGAUUGAAGGUCCUAUGAUCACGACUGUUCCAAUCCGCGUUCGAUUGAGUCUUGACCGGCCAAUUUCUGAAUACCUUCAAUCCGUUCACGCGCAAACUGUAAAGCAGAUUCCUCACGAGCACUUGGGGUUGCAGAACAUCCGCCGAUUGAGUAAGGACGCCCGUGUAGCGUGCGACCUGCGUACCGGUCUUGUCUUGCAUCCUAGGGAGGACGAUGUCGGCGAAGUCGAUAUGGAGACUGUACCAGCUAACACGUUCCUCCCUGCUGAUGAUGCGGAAGCUGCACGCGAAGCACUCAAGUUCAACACCUACGCACUCAUGCUCGUGUGCACACUAGAUGAGAAUGGUUUCUUGAUUAUGGCCAGUUUCGAUUCGAAGUGCAUCAGCAAGGAUGCCAUGGAGAGGGUGCUCGUUGUGAUGAACCGUGUCGUCACGGCGUUCUUGGGUAACCCUGAAAGCAAGCUGGGUGACGUCGCUGUACUUGAUCCUGCCGAAGCGCAAGAUGCAGAGACGAUGAGACCGCGAGAUGUCAUGAGUGACAGUGGCAUUGGUACGUCGCCGGUCGACAGCCCGAAGCUGGAUGCUACGACCAAGGCGUUGUCGCCAAACGAAGAGAAGCUGCGUAGUAUCCUCGGCCGCAUCUUGGGCAUGUCUGAGACGGAGAUCAAGCCUAGAGAUAGCUUCUUUGAACUAGGUGGCGACUCGAUUGGUGCCAUGCGACUUGUUUCCGAUGCACGCGCCCAAGGCUUGACCCUUACCGUGGCUCAAGUCUUCCAGAGCCAAUCUUUGGCUGAACUGGCGGCCUCAAUCGGAAACAAGAAAGAGGACAAGCUGUUGGAAAUCUUGAGUCGCAUUCUUGGUAUGUCCAAGAGCGAGAUCAAUGGCAGUGACAGCUUCUUCGAACUAGGAGGAGACUCCAUCGGCGCCAUGCGCCUUGUUUCUGAUGCACGCGCUCAAGGCCUCAACAUCACCGUCGCGCAGGUCUUCCAAAGCCAAUCACUUUCGGAACUCGCCUCAUCAGCCGAAGAGACAAGCUCGUCGCAGACUGAGACCAAAUCUAACGCACCUUACGCUGCGCUUGGCAAGGAAGCGUCACUUUACAGCCCCGACCGCAUCGGCGCGUAUCUUCAGGACCAGACUUGGGAGAUUGCGGACAUCUAUCCGACAAGACCUCUUCAGCAGCUAGCUGUUGAGGGUACUGUAGACCUACCACGCUACUCACUGCGUUACGAGCUCAUCAAGUUCGCGGCACCAGUCAACCGCGAAAAGCUGGAGCAAGCCUGCCAAGAGCUUGUUGCACGCAACGAAGUCUUGCGCACUGUCUUUGUGAAAGACGAGAACAAGGUGCUCGGUGUGGUUCUGUCUUCUCUACGAGUCCCCUACACCGAGAUCGCAGUACCUGAUGGUGAAGACAUUAAUGCAUUCGCCCAAGCAAACAUACAAAAGGACAUCGAAGCACCGAAGCCACAUGGUUCAUCCUUUGUGGCGUUUAUGCUCUUCACCGAUGCCAAGUCCGGCGCUUCAACCCUCGUCUUCCGCAUCUCCCACGCCCAAUAUGACGAAAUCUGCUUACCCAUCCUGUACGAGCAGCUUUCGGCGCUAUACGCAGGUACCGAGGUACCAGAGACCAUACCAUUCAGCAGACACGUAAACCACGUGGUGCUAGACAACAUGCCAAAAGCCAUUCCAUACUGGCAAAACCUCCUCUCCGGCUCCCAGAUGUCUAUCAUGAAGCCUGACAUCCCGCUCACACAUCGCGGACCGGCAGAUGUAUACAUGGAAUUUGACAUCUCAGCGCGUCCAGCAAAUAUCACCAUUGGUUCACUGCCAACAGCUGCAUGGGCACUCGUUCUCGCGCGCCGUCUCAGCCUCAAGGACGUGGUCUUUGGCGAAGUCGUUUCAGGCAGGAACAUUGGCGCUUCAAACGCUGAUCGUAUCUUUGGACCUACGUGGCAGUACAUUCCCUUCCGCGUGCCUUUCAACAACAGCUGGACAUACCUCGACUUGUUAAACUUUGUGCAGCACCAGCAUAUUACUUCCGCGGCUUACGAAUCCAUGGGCUUUACUGAGAUCGUAGAGAACUGCACAGAUUGGGAUGCGAAAAAGGUCAACUGGUUUGACACUGUUGUUCAUCAGGCGCCUGCUUGGGUCGAGGAGAUGCCGUUUGGUAAUGGUGUUGAGGCGAAGUUUGAGACAACGUAUCCACAUGGUGAGCCACUGAGGGAGUGGAAGUGUCAGGCUUUUGUCAAGGAUGGAGGAAAGAAGCUUGGGAUUGAGAUUGUUACUUUUGCGGAGUGGAUCGACGUUGCCAAGGGUGUGCUGAAGGAGGUUGGUGAGGCGCUUGAGUGCUUGACAAAGAGCAGGGCGUCGGAGAAGAUAUUCGAAGGUGAAGAUUCGGGAGAGCAGAGUCUGGCGGAUUUUGAAGGUGUUAUGUAG